AUGCUUGACCAAUGGAACCACAACGUCCCCGUCUUUCCGCCAGCUGCUCCUUCUCCAGAUUCUUCCUCUUUUUCUUCUUCUCUUUUGCUUCUGCCUUCAGAAUCUCACUCGAUUCGGGAUGUCAUCUUCUCCGAUGUGGUUCCGCGCUACGAAAAUAGGCUCGACUUUGACUCGAAUUCCUUCGACCUACCUGCUCCGUGGGACCUGUACAGUAUAGCUGAAUCUAUCAAUGGCUGUUGCCUUUGCUUUGUAUCCGACUACACAAUACUCAAAAUUGUACUCAUUCUGCUAGAAGCAGCUUUGGUUGCUUUCAUUGCAAUCGAUCGUCGUUGGGAAAAGGAUCUUCCAUUUGAUCCAACUGGAGAACUACAGAGCCUUCGGACUUUCAUUGAAGAAAAUGUUAAUGUGUGCGAAUGGGUUGGCAUCACAGUGCUUGUAAUUCAGGACCAAAAGGACAAGUCCAUGUUUCACGAACCUCCUCUUCCAGCCAUUUUUCGAAAAGAUGAACCCACUCAAUGCCCCAAUGACCAUGGUGGGGGAUCAGUCUUCAACAUGCAGUCUGAAGCCCUAAAAGCACUAGCUUUAUUGCUAGCAAUGAUUCUGCGAGCUAUGGUUUCAACUCGGAGAAAUGAGUUUAACGAAGAUGAUUAUGAGAAUGCUAGAGGUAGAACAAGGGAGCCACUCCUAAAUCAGUCCGGCCAAACAUUUGGUUCAGGGACCCAUUCAGAUGUCUGGAGCUCACGGAUGAGAGAAAAGUAUGGGUUGAACACUGGAGAUAACCCCAAUCUUAAUCAGAAUGCAUCAAUGAGCAUGAAAUCCAAGUAA